CCGCUUUGCCCUCGCGGGCCUCGCCCGGGCCUGCUACCCGCCCCGAGCUGGGGCCGCAGGGCGCUGCCUUUGCAGUCGGUCCUCUGGGGGCUUCGUUUCCAGCCAAGGGGCAGACUUAGUCGCGGCGGUACGUCCGCCUCCUCCCGCUGCUCGCGAGGAGCCUGGACUGGGGGACGCGGCCCCGGCGGCCUCACCUCUGAUGCUUUCCCCUCUUGCAGGGCGGACCCUGCUGCACGGAUGAGUGAAGGUUGCGUUUGUGCCACUAUGUCUUAACUCAAGGCUGCUUCGUCUGUGAUACAGAAGGGAUAUUUUUGACGUGAAGCUGGAAGAUCGUUUUCAUCAAAAGACCUGUCAGCAUGUUGUGUUGGGGAAAUGCAUCCUUUGGACAACUUGGAUUGGGUGGAAUUGAUGAAGAGAUUGUUUUAGAACCCAGAAAAAGUGACUUUUUCCUAAAUAAAAAAGUGAGAGAUGUAGGAUGUGGACUCAGGCAUACUGUUUUUGUCCUGGACGAUGGGACUGUUUAUACAUGUGGUUGUAAUGAUCUAGGACAACUAGGACAUGAAAAGGCCAGAAAGAGACCAGAGCAUGUUGGUGCCCUUGAUGCCCAAAAUAUUGUAUCUGUUUCAUGUGGAGAAGCCCAUACGCUAGCAUUAAAUGACAAAGGCCAGGUAUAUGCUUGGGGUCUAGCUACUGAGGGACAGCUUGGCUUGCCUGGAACAGAAGAAUGUAUUAGAGUACCCAGAAAUAUCAAAAGUUUAUCAGAGAUACAAAUAGUACAAGUAGCUUGUGGUUACUGUCAUUCACUUGCACUUUCAAAAGGAAGUGAAGUUUUUUCCUGGGGACAGAAUAAAUAUGGUCAACUAGGUUUAGGUUAUGAUUUUAAAAAGCAGGCUUCACCACAGUUGAUUAAAUCUUUAUUGGGAAUCCCCUUUGCACAAAUCGCAGCAGGUGGAGCGCACAGUUUUGUACUAACUCUUUCUGGAGCCAUUUUUGGAUGGGGACGCAACAAAUUUGGUCAGCUAGGUCUUAAUGAUGAAAAUGACAGGUAUGUUCCUACUCUGUUGAAAUCACUAAGAUCUCAGAAAAUUGUUCAUAUCUGUUGUGGAGAAGAUCACACUGCUGCUCUUACAAAGGAAGGUGGGGUUUUUACAUUUGGAGCUGGAGGCUAUGGUCAGUUGGGUCAUAACUCUACCAGCCAUGAGAUAAACCCAAGAAAAGUUUUUGAACUUAUGGGAAGUGUUGUCACGCAAAUUGCUUGUGGAAGGCAGCACACCACUGCAUUUGUUCCUUCAUCCGGAAGAAUUUAUUCUUUUGGUCUUGGAGGUAAUGGCCAAUUAGGUACAGGAACAACCAGUAAUAGGAAAAGUCCUUUCACAGUAAAAGGAAACUGGCUUUCUUAUAGUGAAGCCAACAACCCACCAACCACAGACAAUGAACAAUAUUACUGUGUAAAACGAAUUUUCUCUGGUGGAGACCAAAGUUUUGCUCAUUACUUUAAUCCACAGAACAUGGUAUUACCAGAUGAUUUCAGAUACCCUGACUCUUCAAAACAGAUAUGGACUGUGAAUGAAGCAUUUAUUCAGAGAUUGCUAACUUGUUCAUCUGGAAGACUUCCUGUUGAGAUAGCCAAUGAAAUAGAUGGAACGUUUUCCUCAGCUGGCUGCCUAAAUGGCAGUUUUUUAGCUGUCAGCAAUGAUGAUCACUACAGAACCAGUACUAGAUUUUCAGGGGUUGAUAUGAAUGCUGCCAGACUGCUGUUUCACAAACUUAUACAGCCUGACCAUCCUCAUAUAUCACAGCAGGUGGCAGCUAGUUUGGAAAAGAAUCUUAUUCCUAAAUUGACAAGCUCCUUACCUGAUGUUGAAGCCCUGAGGCUGUACCUCACCUUACCAGAAUGUCCAUUGAUGAGUGACGUGAACAAUUUCACAACAUUAGCUCUUCCUUUUGGAGCAGCUGUUAUAAAUCUAGAAAAAGCUCCACUGAAAGUACUUGAAAAUUGGUGGUCUGUACUUGAGCCUCCAUUGUUUCUCAAGAUAGUGGAACUUUACAAGGAUGUUGUGGUCCACCUUUUGAAAUUGUACAAGAUUGGAAUCCCCACUUCUGAAAGAAGAAUCUUUAGCAGUUUUCUACACACUGCUUUCAAAGUUCUGGAAAUAUUACAUAAGGUAAAUGAGAGAGGACAAAUUAUACAGUAUGAUAAAUUCUACAUUCAUGAAAUUGAAGAGUUGAUUGACAUCAGAAAUGACUAUAUCAACUGGGUCCAGCAUCAGGCAUAUGGAAUGGACAUCAAUCAUGGAUUAACAGAGCUAGCAGAGAUUCCAGUUACAAUUUGCACAUACCCCUUUGUGUUUGAUGCACAGGCAAAAACUACACUCUUGCAAACAGAUGCAGUCUUACAGAUGCAGAUGGCUGUUGAUCAGGCUCACAGACAGAAUUUCUCAUCUCUUUUUCUCCCAGUAUAUGAAUCUGUCAAUCCAUGUCUAAUAUUAAUGGUACGCAGAGACAAUAUUGUAGGAGAUGCUGUGGAAGUCCUAAGGAAAACAAAGAAUCUAGAUUACAAGAAACCACUCAAGGUUAUUUUUGUAGGAGAAGAAGCUGUUGAUGCAGGAGGUGUUCGCAAAGAAUUUUUUUUGCUCAUCAUGAGAGAGUUACUAGAUCCCAAGUAUGGAAUGUUCAGGUAUUAUGAAGAGUCCAGGCUGAUCUGGUUCUCUGAUAAGACAUUUGAAGACAGUGAUUUGUUCCACUUGAUUGGUGUUGUUUGUGGGCUAGCAAUAUAUAACUUUACCAUUAUAGACCUUCAUUUCCCUUUGGCUUUGUACAAGAAGCUGUUGAAUAAGAAGCCUUCUCUGGAUGAUUUAAAAGAGUUAAUGCCUGAUGUUGGCAGGAGUAUGCAGCAGUUACUGGACUAUCCAGAGGAUGACAUAGAAGAAACAUUUUGUCUCAACUUUACAAUCACUGUGGAAAAUUUUGGAACAACAGAAAUUAAGGAGCUUGUUCCGAAUGGUGCUGACAUUCCUGUAGUCAAACAAAAUAGACAGGAAUUUGUUGAUUCCUAUGUGGAUUACAUCUUCAAUAAAUCAGUGGCUUCCUUGUUUAAUGCAUUCCAUUCAGGCUUCCACAAGGUUUGUGGAGGAAAGGUUCUACAACUCUUCCAGCCCAGUGAGCUUCAGGCAAUGGUGAUUGGGAAUACAAAUUAUGAUUGGAAGGAACUGGAAAAGAAUACGGAGUAUAAAGGAGAAUAUUGGGCAGACCAUCCUACAGUUAAACUAUUUUGGGAAGUUUUUCAUGAGCUAUCCCUGGAAAAGAAAAAACAGUUUUUGUUGUUUUUGACAGGCAGUGAUCGUAUUCCUAUUCUUGGAAUGAAAUGUCUUAAACUGGUCAUCCAGCCAACUGGAGGUGGAGAAGAGUAUCUUCCAGUAGCCCACACUUGCUUUAAUCUUCUGGAUCUUCCAAAAUAUACAGAUAAAGAAAUCUUAAAAUCUAAGUUGAUUCAGGCUAUAGAUCACUAUGAAGGCUUUAGUUUAGUAUAACUUCAGAAAUGGGCUCUUGUAGGUCUAUGUAAUGUGGGAUCAUUAAACUAAUUUUUUUGUCUUUCUUGUGAUGGUACGGUCAGUGGACAAGGUGGCGGAGAUGGUAAUAGAUAGUUAUUUACAAAAUGUUCCGUGAUAUGAAUAUUCAUGGAGCCAAAAUGAAUAAUUUAAAAAAUGAAUGGUCUUAACCCAAAUUCCUGUAAAGAACCAUGUGGCUUUUGUCAUCCUACAAUAAAAAUGAGACUAUUGUGAAUGAGCCUCAAGUUUCACUAACAUGAAUUAACAUUUCACAUUAUAUUUAAAUUUUGGUGUGUGAGUGCAUGAAAGAUUUGCAGGAUUUUUUUCAGUCACUGAGCAAAAGCACUUCAUCUUUCCUUGUUCAUGAUGAAGUCAUUUUCUAAUUUUUAAUUUUGUAAAUAAAAUUUUGGAUAAAAGA